AGCAGAUCAACUGCUCCAAGUCAAGGACUCCAUUCGAGCACUGCUCGUACCCUUUGCAGGUUUGAGUGGGAGCAGGUGAUCUGCAAGCUAAGGGUAACUGAAGGGUUUCCUCCUCCAACCCGCCUCCUCCUCAAGGAGCUCGGGAUGUCCAGCAAGCUUGUCGUUUGCAACCUCCACCACAACGCGCCCAUGACGGCGGAACUGGCGGUCGCACUUUGCCUGGCGGCCAGCAAGCAGAUCUUCGAGGCGGACCGGUUCGUCUCUUGUUUCCGAGCCAUGGAUGACGUGCAACCUGCCAGGAAGCUAAGGCAGCACGACUGGUCGUCCAGAGGGAUCCCCUGUGAGGGAGUGCCCGACCCUCUCCCGAUGCUGCUCCUCCAAGGCAAGGUAGCGCUGGUGGUGGGAUACGGAGAGGUCGGUCAGCGAGUGGCAAGAAUCAUGUCGGCCUUCGGGAUGGAGGUGUUGGCAACGAGAGCAUCGUUGAGCAGAGUCGCACGUGACAAGCACGCGGUCGUCCACCCUCCAGCUGAUCUCCUCUCCCUCCUGCCGAGAGCCAACGUUGUCUUCCUCUGCGUCCCGCUGACCUCCGGCACCUCCAAGAUGCUCGGGAGGAAGGAGCUGGCAAUGCUCCCCAAGGGCUCCGUCCUUGUGAACGUGUCCAGAGGAGAAGUUGUGGACGAGGAUGCGCUUUUUGAGGCCCUCAGCCAGCGAGAAAAUCUCUUUGCUGCGGGGAUUGAUACAUGGUACAACUAUCCCGCAACGAGCAAGGACACUCAAAGCACGCCAGUAUCAACGAGGAACGACUUUUCAAAGCUGACCAACCUUGUGAUGUCCCCUCAUAGAGGAGGAGCCGUCGGCCUGGAGGAGACGGAGUCUGCUCGUCUGUCGGCCAUCGCAGAGGCUCUCAACCUAGCGGCGGAUAGAAGCGAUGUCAGAGCGAUGCCGUGCCGGGUCGAUGUCGAGCGAGGUUACUGAGCCCCCGAGGGCCCGGACUCGAAGGAUCGGACCGCACUAACCGCCGCCGGAGCGUCGAAUCAUGAGGUCGGAGCCCCCCUGAUCCCGGAACUGAGUGGGAAAGCCGGGCAGGCUGAGCUGAGAGUCACAGUAAGCUCAGGGCCGCACUCCGUGCGCGGGCGGGCGGCCUGCGUCCUCCCGACCUCAGCCCCUGUGCUCCGAGGCCCAUGAUGCCGCCCGAUCGGACGUCGACGCCAGUCACAAGUUCAACCGGGUUCGCAGUCGUCGGAGCGUGCCGCCGCCGCCGGGCCGCCGGGUCCAAUCGCCGCUGGGAGGCCACCGACGGUGUGUAUCAUUGCGGCUAGCCGCCGGGCGGCGGCCAGCUGACCGUGGCAGUGCGAGCCUCCGUGAGGCACUUGGCCCGUUGUGACUUCGAAGCUGCAACGGUCACUGUCCGAUCAAGUUGGCACGGCCCUUCAACCGGCGAAACUUGAACCGGGGUGACCCGCCGCCGGGUCACCGGGUCACCGGGUGCCGCCCGGCAGGCGGCCGGGCCAGACGCCGCGCCGGGGCCUGCUGAUCCGAGCCUGUGUCACCGUUUGUGGCAAUCAAACUUGACAACGCGGGGCGGCC